UGUCAGACAGUACUGAGGGCACAACUCUCGCUGUGCUCCCUGGUCUCCUGGUAUCUCACACAUUGUUAGAGCUUCUUGAUCACGCUCAUCGCCUCCCGCUUUGUUUCUCCGGAGCUCGAGGCGCGCUGACCGCUAAGCAUCUUCUUUUCUGCAGGUUGAUCUGAACUCAACGCUGUUGCCAUGACAACAGACGAGGCGGAGAGUCACCAGAAGAAGCCGAGGCAGCAGGAGGAAGCGGGCCAGGACGCCAGGCCCCCCUCACCAGAGGAGGAGCAGCUCCGGCCACGCAACCGCAACUCGGCCGGCCGAGGCCUCUCCCGCCUCUUCUCCUCAUUCCUGAAGAAGCGCUCGCAGUGCGAGAGUGAGGCGGGAGAGAAGGACGGCAAGGAAGAAGAAGAAGAAGAAGAAGCUAAAGCCCCCAUCGCUGACCCUGAACCUGAACUCAGGACCGAGGGAGAAGUGGCCCUGGACCAGCACUCGGUGAGCAGUGCUGAGGCUCAGGCUGUCCAGGUAGAGAAGAAAGAAGUUGAGGAGGAGGAGGGUGGAAAGGACAAAGAGAACAACAAGGAGAAAGGAGAGGAGGCUGCCCUGGAGAAGGAAGACGAGGACAAGCAGAAGGAGGAGGAGAAGGAGGAGGAGAAGGAGUCUGGUCCUGAAGGAGGCAGUAAGAGAGAGGAGGAGGAGGAGGAGGAGGAGGAGGAGAAGAUGACAGAGGAGGAGGCCAAAGCUCCCAGAGCUCCUCGCCGACCCAAGACCAUGCAGAUCAGAGUCACCCUGCUGGAUGACGCUCUUUAUGAGUGUGAGCUUGAUAAACAUGCAAAAGGUCAGGAGCUCUUCAUGAAGGUGUGUGACCACCUCAACCUGCUGGAGAAAGACUACUAUGGCCUGGUCAUCUGGGAGACAGCCACCAUGAAGACUUGGAUGGACUUAACCAAGGAGAUCCGCAGGCAGGUACAAGGUGCCAACUAUAAUUUCACUUUUAAUGUGAAAUUCUAUCCACCAGACCCAGCCCAACUGUCUGAGGACAUAACAAGGUACUACCUGUGUCUCCAGCUGCGGAAGGACAUCCUGCAGGGCCGCCUUCCCUGUUCUUUUGUCACCCUGUCCCUGCUGGGCUCCUACGCCCUGCAGUCGGAGCUGGGCGAGUACGACCCUGAGGUGCACGGCAACGAAUACACUAAGGAUAUGAAAAUGGCCCAGGGUCAGACCAAGGAGCUGGAGGAAAAAAUGAUGGAACUGCACCGCACAUACAGGUCAAUGAGUCCAGCCCAGGCAGACCUGAUGUUCCUGGAGAAUGCCAAGAAACUCUCCAUGUAUGGAGUGGACCUUCACCAGGCCAAGGAUUUGGAUGGUGUUGACAUCAUGUUGGGGGUUUGCUCCAGUGGUCUGAUGGUUUACAAAGACAAACUGAGGAUCAACCGUUUCCCCUGGCCCAAAGUCCUCAAGGUCUCCUACAAGCGCAGCAGCUUCUUCAUCAAAAUAAGACCCUCAGAGGUGGAACAUUAUGAGAGUGCAAUUGGCUUCAAACUACCCAAUUACAAGGCAGCCAAGAAGCUGUGGAAAGUGUGUGUAGAACAUCACACCUUCUUCAGGCUGACUUCCACUGAGAUGGCCACCACUCCCAGGACGUUCCUGGCGUUGGGCUCUAAGUUUCGCUACAGUGGUCGGACUCAGGCUCAGACCAGACAGGCAAGCUCUCUGAUCGACAGACCAGCUCCUCUGUUCCAGCGCUCCUCCAGCAAGAGGAACUCUCGCAGCCUGGAUGGAGCCAUGGCAUCCACUCCUGACAAUAAAUCCACUCGUCCAGUCAGCGCCCCCGUUAUGUCACCGGUGUCUCCUGGAGAGGCCACUCCGUCACAACUGCUACCCACCCUGCCCCGCUCUGACCACCACCGCUCAACAUCCAAAGGCCAUCGCUCUGCAGACAGGAAGGCAGAGGUAAAGGCAGAGGGUCAGCCAGCGGAGUACACCAAGAGCCACAGCCCAAGACCAGAGUCCACUCCAGAAAUCAAGUCACUGGCCAGGAGAGAGCGGAGGCACUCCCCCACCGUGACCACCGCCAAUGGGGAAAGAGAGAAAAAGAGCCAGGACCUGGAUAAGACCCAGACUGGGAUCAUGCGUCACCACACUAGCAUCAGUGAGCUGAAGAGGAGUUUCAUGGAGUCGGUGCCGGAGCCUCGGCCCAGUGAGUGGGACAAGCGUCUCUCCACCAACUCGCCUUUCCGCACAGCGAGCAUCAACGGCCAGCUGCAACCAGCGGUGAGUCCACCACCAAUGGGAGCAAAGACACUGCAGCAGUACUGAUUUCUCUCCAGUAGACAUCAUUUCAUGCAAUGUGUCAGUCAGAUCAUACACAUAGAGUCUUUGACUAGAAAUCAAACUGCCAUUUGUCUCAUCUGACUCUUGGUAACAUGUAAGACAAGAGAGUUUUUCUAAAAUUUACGACUGACCCUUUAAACCAUAGUGUCCAUGCAGUAAAGACUGAAGUAAACGCAGCUCAGUUAACCGGAACAAACUCUUGGUUUAAACUUUGUGUGCUAGCCAACUAACUAGCAGCUUAUUCACUACUAAUAGUAACUUUAGCUUGGACACUGAGACAGCGGAACAGUGAUUAUAAGACAUCAAGCCCGCAGUAUGAGCUAGUGCCAGUUUAUGGCACUAGUAUUUUUAUAUUGUCCGCACAUAUCCCUCGAACAGUCAUAUAGUCGCAGGAAAUAAUAUAUUUAACACCUGCUAUUUGUGUGUAUUUUGAAUUAGUUGGUACUCCAAUUACAUACUGUGUUGGAUUACCUAAAUGGAUUACUGAAAUGUUUUUAAAAAUAAUUAUAAUUCCCCAAUUUAUAUGCUAAUUCCAGAGGAGUAUAAAGAUAUAUUCUGGGACUCCCCUAAACUGUUUGCAUAGUUUAAUUUAUGCACACAGCUUCCUAAACUGAGCUGAUCCGUACACUCCAGUUAAUCAUUUCUUAAUUUGGUUUAAUAAUCUGUGCUCACAGAUUUUUCUCACCUUUUUCCUUUUACAAAGAGAAGCGCUGC